CCACGGCCAACAUCUCGGAUGAACAACCGAGCGGACGGAAUGCCAACGACGGGUGGAGACCAUUGAUGGGUGAAGGAUGAUUGCAGAUGCGGAGGCCAAGGGAGAGGGAAAGGCGGCGCGAGAGAUGGGUGCACCUGUGAAGUUUGGUGUGACCGAGCCGAUUUCCUUGGGGAUGCCCACCCAGGCAGAGCGAGCAUUGGAUGAGCAGCUGCACGAGGAGAUGCGCCGCGAUGCACCUUUAGAGACAGAGGAAAAGAUGCGCUUCCGGGCUGAAGUCUUGAUGGAGCUGAGACGGAUCACUCAACAAUGGGUUCAGGAGGCUUGCAUAGCACAGGGAGAUGAAGACUUGGCGUCUCGAGCCGGGUCGAAGAUUUUUACCUUUGGCUCUUACAGGCUUGGUCUCAUUAGCCCUGGCUCUGACAUCGAUGUCCUUUGUGUCGCGCCCAAAAACAUCACUCGAGACUCUUUCUUCCAGGUGUUAGUGCCAAAGUUGCAGGAGCAUCCAGAUGUUACAGAUGUGACACCUGUGCCAGAUGCCUACACACCUAUCAUUAAGUUGAAGCUCUCGACCAUCGAAAUAGACCUCCUCUUCGCGCGGCUGUCAUCCAUGUCAGAGAUUCCAGAAAACUUGGAAUCCUUGAAUGAUGACAAUUUGCUCAAGAACCUGGACGACAAAACUGUCCGGAGCAUGAACGGGUGCCGUGUGGCCGACCACAUCUUGUCGUUGGUGCCGGAUGCGGAGAGGUUCCGAGACACCUUGCGCUUGAUCAAGCUUUGGGCAAAGCACCGAGGCGUUUAUUCCAAUGUGCUGGGCUUCUUUGGCGGGAUCUCCUGGGCGAUUCUGGUGGCACGGCUCUGUCAGUUGUAUCCUUACUUCAACACGGCCACGCUCGUGAAGCGAUUCUUUAAGCUCUACGAGCGGUGGGACUGGAACAAUCCUGUGGUAUUGACCCACAUCCAGGAGAAGCUGAACACUCCCGGGCUCAUGAUGUUCAAAAUCUGGAAUCCAAAGGUGAAUCCCCAGGAUCGUAUGCAUUUGAUGCCCAUCAUCACGCCGGCGUUCCCGUGCAUGAAUUCCACGCACAAUGUGUCUGAAACGACCAAAAGAAUUAUCCUGGCCGAAAUAACCAGGGCCAACAAAGUCUUGGAGCAGGUGGAGCAAGGCAAAUGCAAAUGGGCAGAAGUCUAUAGGCCGUUGCCUUUCUUCACGCAGCACAAGUUCUAUAUCCAAAUUGAGGUCUUGGCUGCAACACCUCAGGUCUUUACUAAAUGGCUCGGCUGGAUUGAGUCCAAGUUGCGCCAGCUGGUGAAGCACCUGGAGCAAAUUCCGUCAGUGGCUGUCCGGCCUUGGCCCAAUCACUUGGCCUUCCAGGAUCCUGAAUGGAAGCAUGCAGUCUCCGUCUUCAUGGGCUUGACGGUGGAGAAAGCACCGGGGCAACAAAGCCAUUCAGUGGACCUGCGAAGGACAGUGGUUCGCUUUGUGGAAAUCAUCAACAGCUGGCCGGACAUGUCGCAGCACACUGGCCAGUGUGAGAUGAGAGUCCGAGACGUGAAGCGACGAGAGCUGCCGAGCUACGCUGUGCCGGAGAGAGAGGAUGCCGAGAAAAAGCCGAAGGGACUGCUUCGAGCGUACACGGAUGACGUGCCUGGUGAGGAAGCGGUCCCAACCAGGGAAGUGGCUCCAGAAGUGGUUCUGGACAUUCCGCCUGAGUCAAGGCCAGUGCAAAGUGAAGGCCAGACAAAGCGAAAGCUGGAACCUUUGCCAAAAGCUUUGGACCCUCCCAGGGAGGGGCUCAAAGUGCGGAAAAUGUCCAAGAUCACCGUGAAGUUAGCUGAAUCGUAGUUCUGAGUGGCUGCUGUUUCGGAGGCAUCUAAUCGCAGUCUUUAGCCAUUUAAUCGCUCUUCUUGUUGCUUGGGAUGCUUGAGAAUUGAC